UCUGCAGUAGAGUGCUAAGGUCUCAUCUGAGAAGAAACUGAACAGCCUUAACAAUGGCAGGUUGCUGUACGUCAGUUUGUGAUUUUAUUGUGGAAUAUGAUACUCCCAGGAUCGUACUCAUUAAAAACAGAAAAGUUGGAGUCGUAAACAGGGUCGUCCAGUUAGCAAUCCUUGCCUACGUUAUUGGAUGGGUACUUGUGUGGGAGAAAGGCUACCAAGAAUUUGAUUCCACCAUCGGCUCAGUCACAACCAAAGUCAAAGGUAUCGCCAUUACAAAUUCAACUCCUCUUGAAGAACACAUAUGGGAUGCAGCUGAUUAUGUUAUCCCUUCACAGGAAGAAAAUUCCUUCUUUGUUAUGACUAAUGUUAUUCUUACAAAGAAUCAGGUGCAAGGCCGGUGUCCUGAGUUGCCAAAUGAAAGGACUAGAUGUAAAUCUGACAUUGAUUGUGCAUCUGGAUACUACAACAUUCACAGCAAUGGGGUUUUAACUGGAAAAUGUGUCAAAUACAAUGAAGAGGUGAAAACAUGUGAGAUUUUUGCUUGGUGUCCUGUGGAGAAUGAUACAGUUAUUCCUAAGCCUGCAAUUCUUGGAGCAGCUGAGAACUUCACAGUGUUAAUAAAGAACAACAUUGCUUUCCCCAAGUUUAAUUUUUCAAAGAGAAAUAUAUUGACAAAUGUAAGUGCCAGCUACUUAAAAUCUUGUCAAUUCAAUCGGAAAAAUGACCCUUUCUGCCCAAUUUUUCGCCUCGGAGAUAUGGUUCAAGAAGCAGGACAGGAUUUUCAAAAACUAGCUGUUCAGGGUGGAGUGAUGGGGAUUUUAAUAGAGUGGAACUGCAAUCUGGACCAACCUCCAUCUAAGUGUGUUCCUAAAUAUGUCUUUCGGCGCCUUGACAACAAAAACUUUGGUGAAACAAUAUCGCCUGGUUUCAAUUUUAGAUUUGCCAAGUACUUCAGAAAUACGAAUGGAACAGAAACAAGAACAUUGUUCAAAACAUACGGAAUACGAUUUGAGAUUGAGCUUUUUGGGCAUGCUGGAAAAUUUAACAUUAUCCCUACAAUGAUAAAUAUCGGAUCUGGGUUAGCAUUAUUAGGAAUGGCAACAAUCUUGUGUGAUAUAAUUGUCUUGUACUUCUUAAAGAAAAGCAAUUACUACAAAGAAAAGAAGUACAAGUAUGUUGAAGAUUAUGAAUUGGGUAUUGAAUCAGAAACUUCAUAUGGAGCCACACAGAAUUCCGGAACCACAAACUGAUAUCAGUCCUGUGAAAUCUGCAAUUGCAUGACUGAACCUUUUUUUCUUGGCUACUAAGUCCAUUUUAAAGUUGUAAAUAAGUUUUAUUAAUGAGCUUGACCUGAAGAGCUUAAUCAACAACUUUAAAGGAAAAGUGUUAUGUACUAGAAUGUAUAAUUUUGGUUCUUUGUGGAUUCUGAAAAUGGAAAUAUAAAUUUAGAAGCACUAUUUGACCUGGAUAAAGUUAUUUAAAAAAUGUGAUUAAAGAUGACUAAAUCGGC